UAUUCUUCAAAGUGGAACCCGGGACGGGCUGCUUACCUAGGCGGCGCUUGAGCGCAUCAUGUGAAAGUGAUGCCAAGUACAUACAUGUACCGUGGAAAGCACUCAAUUGACUUGGAAAGACGCAUGAUGUUGAAAUGAUGGGAGUUCAACUCUUCCCUUUGACCCCGGAUUCCGAACAUUCACUUGUCCGGCAAAGUGUGUCGGAAGUUGAAGACAACUGAAGAUGUGGGUUUGGCCACGAGGAGAAACUGUCUUCAGUUUAGAAAGUCAAAUGUCUGUUCGCAGCUCUGGACUUUGGCUGGACUUUCUGUCAUGGAGUGUUCGUGCCUUUCUUGUCCUCAUUUUCCCCCGCAAACAACCCUGGCGGUCCCCUGAUCUGAUCCAUCCAUCCCCGGCCCCGGCCCAUCUCCGUUCUCCAUCUUCACAAGCGAGGACCUCCCCGUUGCUCUCUCCACUUCCUUCCGCACGGCACUUCCCCCGCAUAUCGUAUCGGACGUGCACUGAUCAACUCCCUCUUGAGCGGGUGUUUAUCAAUUGCCAACCUCGGAAGAAUUGGCCUUUGGAGAUGGCGAACGCACAUUACCCAAAGUCUUGCUUUACCUUUCCAAUAAUCGAGGUGCCAGAUGUUGAAAAGAAGAUUUUGCCGACGGGAAUUUGUGUCUGUCAACAUCCGUCAAUCACCGUCCAGCCAACUGAGAAGCAAGCCACACACCCGCCACAACAACUCCGUCCUCAGCCCGCCAAGCACCUCUCCAGCCACACAGCAACCGCAUUCGGACAUUGCACCAAAUUCCAUUCGCCGGCUUCCAUUUGUUUAGCGGCCACUAUCCCCCAUUAGCCCCCACUCUUUAGUGGAUCAACAAUCGCGACAGGUGCUUUAUCUCCCUGUAACGGCACGCCUUCAGUGGACUUGGCAGGGGUCAUCACCUAACACAGUGACACCAAUAACAUAUUGAGGAUUGUUACCUACCCGAGUCUCGGUUGCGCAUCCGAUAACAUCCAAUCCCCC